GCCCCGUCCAGUCACCAGUAUCAGAGGAAGUGAAGGUUGAGGAGCAACGGACGGGCGAAGGAAGCAAGCGGACGAAGAGUUCAAACUUGCGUGAGACGUGAAGCGAGGGGAGGAACGCACGCGCUGUCCUCGUUCCCCCGGUGACGCUAACGGGAGCAGACAGAGGCUCCUCCGCGGCGAAUCAGCGGCAAUGUCAGCCGGGCUCUAGAGGAUGAAGCGCGUCUCGGAGCAGCGCCGCUCAACAACUGUACGGCGCAGUAGUGUGUAAAAAAAGGCAUCGCCCCCACCCCGUCAUUUUAUUUUUUAAACCCGCGCGGAGCUUUUUGGAACACGCCGUCCUUUGUGGGGCGAAUGUGGGGAGAGGCUCGCGUUUCUUCGGGAGGUUUUUGCGGAGCAACAGAAGAACUUGGGUCGGGCUCGUCCUACGCGUAGCUCACUUACACGUCUGUGUUCGCAGUGAUUCGCUCGGGCCUCCGGUCGGCUGGGCGGUAUCAAAGCGCACAACAACAACAACAAAAACACCUCUGGGCAAAAUGUCAAGGAUGCUCCGAGAGGGAGCGCAGACCGCAGAGACAGCUGCAUGACUGGCAACCCCCGAGACGCAGGUUAGAAGUGGGGGCUGAGACAAACUGCUAACUGCUUUUUUUUGUGUGUUUUUCCCAGAGACAUUUUUUGGGGGUGAACCAGACGGAAUGGGACUGCUUGACAUGCGUGUGUUUUCCUGGGCUUCUUCGACGUGACACUGUGUGCGCCUCUUUGGCUCCGAGUGCGCCAGGACGGUGCUGCUGCUGCUGUGCGGUUCGGGUGUGAACCGGUGGAUGCCGCAGCCCUGCCGGGUUGAAAAACAUCUUAAUAGUGAGGGUGGGGACAGGGGGGGGGGGGAAUCAAAAUAUAGUUUUAGUGAGGGGAAACCCCCGCCGCACCUCGUUACGCCAUGGAUGACUCGGGGAUAAUCCGGCGCCGGAGGCUGCAGAAGGAUUUGCCCCUGCCUCGCAAGAACAGCAGUUGCCGUACAAGCAACAGGAAAAGUCUGAUCCUGACCACCACCUCUCCCACGCUGCCUCGCCCACACUCCCCUCUCCCCCUCCCCGGGCACCUCGGAAGCAGCCCCCUGGACAGCCCGCGAAACUUCUCUCCCAGCAACCCGGCGCACUUCUCCUUCGCCCUCUCCAGAAGAGAUGGACGACGAUGGUCUUUAGCGUCGUUGCCUUCUUCUGGAUAUGGCACCAACACUCCCAGCUCAACGUCCUCCAGCUCCUCUCAGGAGCGGCUGCACCAGCUGCCCUUCCAGCCCACCAUGGAUGAGCUCCACUUCUUAUCCAAGCACUUUGGCAGCACCGAGAGCAUCACGGAUGAUGAUGGGGGCCACUGCUCUGCCCACAUGCGCCCGCGCUCCCGCAGCCUCAGCCCAGGACGCUCCUCCUCCUGCUAUGAUAAUGAGAUCGUCAUGAUGAACCAUGUGUACAAAGACCGCUUUCCGAAGGCCACAGCACAGAUGGAGGGGAGGCUGGCUGAAUUCAUCCAGGCUUUCUCUCCGGAAAAUGUUCUUCCACUGGCUGAUGGAGUCCUCAGCUUCAUUCACCACCAGAUAGCUGAGCUGUCCAGAGACUGCCUGGCCAAAUCCCGCGAGGGCCUCAUCACCUCUGUGUACUUCUUUGAGCUGCAGGAGAACCUGGAGAAGCUUCUACAGGAUGCCUUCGAGCGUUCGGAAAGCACCGAGGUGGCCUUCAUCACGGAGCUGGCGAAGAAGCUUCUCAUCGUCAUCUCCCGACCGGCCAGGCUUCUGGAGUGUCUGGAGUUUAAUCCCGAGGAGUUCUACCAUCUGCUGGAGGCGGCGGAGGACCACGCCAAGGAGGGUCACUUGAUGAAGACGGACAUUCCUCGUUACAUCAUCAGCCAGCUGGGACUGACCAGAGACCCUAUAGAAGAUAUGGUAAACCUCGAUAGUUACGACAGCGAGGGGCCGCUGACGCCCGAAACAGAUGACUCGACGGAGGGUAAGAUUAGAGCGAUGAAAGCACCAGAAGAAGUAGACUUCCAGACCAUCAAGCUGAUCAGUAAUGGAGCGUACGGUGCUGUGUACCUGGUGCGUCAUCUGGAGACCCGCCAGCGGUUUGCCAUGAAGAAGAUCAAUAAGCAAAACCUGAUCCUGAGGAACCAAAUCCAGCAGGCCUUCGUGGAGAGAGACAUCCUGACCUUCGCAGAGAAUCCCUUUGUCGUCUCCAUGUUCUGUUCCUUUGAAUCCCGCCGGCACCUCUGCAUGGUCAUGGAGUACGUAGAGGGUGGAGACUGUGCCACUCUGCUGAAGAACAUCGGGGCUCUGCCCGUGGAGAUGGCGCGCAUGUACUUUGCAGAGACCGUCCUCGCGCUGGAGUACUUGCACAACUACGGCAUCGUGCACCGUGACCUCAAGCCCGACAACCUCCUGAUUACCUCAAUGGGCCACAUCAAGCUCACGGACUUCGGCCUGUCUAAGAUGGGUCUGAUGAGUCUGACCACCAACUUGUAUGAGGGACACAUAGAGCAGGACACUCGGGAGUUCUUGGAUAAACAGGUGUGCGGAACUCCGGAGUACAUCGCCCCGGAGGUGAUUCUCCGUCAGGGUUACGGGAAGCCAGUGGACUGGUGGGCUAUGGGCAUCAUCCUGUACGAGUUCCUGGUGGGCUGUGUGCCUUUCUUUGGAGACACCCCAGAGGAGCUGUUCGGCCAGGUCAUCACAGACGACAUAGUGUGGCCAGAAGGGGAUGAGGCUCUCCCUAUCGACGCCCAGCACCUGAUCUCCUCCUUUCUGCAGACCAAUCCAUUGGUUCGACUGGGCACAGGUGGUGCUUUUGAAGUGAGGCAGCACUCCUUCUUCACAGAAGUGAACUGGAACAGCCUGCUGAGACAGAAGGCAGAGUUCAUCCCUCACCUAGAGUCUGAGGAAGACACCAGUUAUUUUGACACCCGUUCUGAACGCUACCAUCACGUGCAGUCAUACGAUGAGGACGAUACCAACGACGACGAGCCCGUGGAGAUACAUCGCUUCUCGUCCUGCUCCCCUCGCUUCAGCAAGGUGUACAGCAGUAUGGAGCAUCUGUCCCAGCUGGAGCAUAAAACCCCUGGCGUGACCCUGCGGGAGCACAAGGUCCCCAGGGAGGAUCGAGUGGCCAAGAGAGAAAGCCUGGGUAGCCUCACCCUAAGGGACAAGAGCUGGAGGACUGGAUCGCCUGAGAUGAAGCGCUUAUCCUGCUCCGAGUCCUCCUUCACCGAGAGCGACUACAGCCCACCGUCCGGGGCCCGGAGACGCUUCUCCGCCCUCAUGGACACGCACCGCCUGGCCUCCCCUCUGGAAGUGGACUCUGAACUGCCUGUCCCCAGCAGGCAGCCUCCGAUGACGACCAGAGGGGCUUCCCUGGAAGGAGCCAUGGGUGCCAUCGCCUCUCAAGGCGAUCUGAGAACACUCAUCAAAGACGGCAACGGACUCACAGCCGGAGAGAAGAUUUUGAGACCCGCUGAUGCGCCGUUGCCUCUACCGGGCAGUGCCUCUGUUCUGGGGCUUAUGGACUCACAGGGGCCCCGUGGGGCCGCCACGGACCUGGUGCUGCGGAGGGUCCGCCACCAGCAGCUCUCAGCUGAAGGGGAGAAACGUAACCCACGACCAGGGACCAAAGUUAUCAAAUCCGCUUCCGCUACGGCUUUGUCUGUCAUCAUUCCUGCAGUGGAGCAACAUGUCGCCUCCCCGCUGGCGAGCCCCAUGUCUCCUCGCUCCCUCUCGUCCAACCCGUCCUCCCGGGACUCUUCUCCCAGCAGAGACUACUCCCCCGUGGUCAACGUCCUGCAUUCUCCAAUCACCAUCCACCGGUCGGGGAAGAAGUACGGCUUCACUCUCCGAGCCAUCAGAGUCUACAUGGGAGACAGUGACGUUUACAGCCUGCAUCACAUGGUCUGGCAUGUGGAGGAUGGGGGUCCCGCCCAGGAAGCUGGUCUUAGCGCUGGUGACCUCAUCACUCACGUAAACGGCGAGUCGGUCCACGGUCUGGUCCAUACAGAGGUGGUGGAGCUCAUCCUGAAGAGUGGAAACAAGGUGACAGUUACAACUACUCCAUUUGAGAACACCUCAAUAAAAGUGGGUCCUGCCCGCAAGUCCAGCUAUAAAUCCAAGAUGGCACGGCGCAGCAAGAGGACAGGAGCCAAGGAGGGACCAGAGAAGAAGAGAAGCUCCCUCUUCAGGAAAAUCACCAAGCAGUCCAACCUGCUCCACACCAGCCGGAGCCUCUCCUCUUUAAACCGCUCUCUGUCAUCCGGAGACAGUCUCCCAUGCUCCCCCACCCACAGCCUCUCCGCCCGCUCGCCCACUCAGAGUUACCGCUCCACUCUUGCUGAAUCCCCUUACAUGGGCACCUCCUCCCAGAGCAGCUCCCCAGCAUCCAGUACGCCCAACUCCCCCGCAGCAUCUCACCACAUGAGGCCCAGCUCCCUGCACGGCCUGUCUCCCAAACUCCACCGCCAGUACCGCUCCGCCCGCUGCAAAUCCGCCGGCAACAUCCCGCUGUCCCCGCUGGCUCACACCCCCUCCCCGACCACCUCGUCUCCUCCUCCUCUCUCUGGCCACACGGUGGGGAGCUCCAACACCACGCAGACGUUCCCCGCCAAGCUGCACUCCUCGCCCCCCGUCUCCCGCCCUCGCCCCAAAAGCGCUGAGCCGCCCAGGUCCCCCUUGCUGCAGCGGGUGCAGUCGGCAGAGAAGCUGGGCGCACCGAUGCUGCCGUCCUCCUCCUCGUCGUCGUCGUCGCCCUCCCCUCUGACCGGCGGGGUGUCGCUGCGCAAGCACAGCCUGGAGGUGGCGCACGGGGACUACAGGAGAGAGUCCUUCCACUGCGAGCACAGUCUGCAAAGCCUGCUGGAGAUGGAGGGAGAGAACGGACCCGCUCCCCCGUCUCCUUCAUCCUCCUCCUCCCCCUCUCCUCCCAUGGGAGGGGAGAUCGGAGGCCUGAAGCCCGCGAGGAGGCUGGGAAGGCAGGAGUCGCCGCUCAGCCGCGACACCCUGCUCCCGCUGAGAGAGAAAGACACGCAGACCGCAGCGUCAGAGCUCGGCGUCUCGCAAACUGAGAGCGUGGCAACCAAAGCCGAGUCCAAGACCAGCGUAGUUCAUACAAGUAAAGCCACAGCUGAGGUUCUAAAGAACAACGCAAGUGUAGCGGCAGCGAAGUCAAGUCCAGCGCUGGUUUCAUCCACUACGGAGGCCAAGCCGAGCCCAGGGAACAAAGCUCAAAAAGCAGGCACUUCAGGUUGUGAGGCAACAGUCUCCAAGAGUAAACUCGGUGAGAAAAUCCCGAUUCCCGGCACAUUAAAGGGCCUGCAGCAGCAAGAGAGUAAGCAGCAGAGUGUUCAGACAGAUGGAGGGCCUGCGACUAAAGCUCAGGAGAAGACUGAGGAGAAAGCCAAAGGCAUCGUGGGUGCAGACAAAGGAAACACGCAGAAAGUACCGUCUGCAGAGCAGUCUAAGCCACGAAAAGGCGCAGAAUCGGGAGAGAAGGGAGGCAUCGACAAAGCGACUGAGACGACCAAGGUCAAAGGACCUGCGCCCCCAAUUCCCACCCAGAUUCAAACCCACGCCAGAUCCAAAACGGAGAAGGCGUCGAACAGUUGCCGCGGUGGGGCCAAGGAGGAGCGGGCACACCUGGAGGUCCUGGAGGAGAACCCCACGUCGCCGUCCUCCAACGCAGCGUCGCCCUGCUCGGGCAAGUCUCGCCCCAUGCCGCCGGGGGACAAGGCCAGCUUUGUCACCCAGCUCACGAGCGUGGCCAAGACGGUGCUCGGGCCCAUGAAGGGGGGCUCGCAAGAGGGGGCCAAGGCGAGAGACGCCUCCAAGACGAGCGACGAGAAGCGGGGAGGCGCGGCGGGAAAGCCAGACUCCUCGUCCGGGAGCGGUCGCCGCGGCGCUCAGGCGGCAGCCUCGGCCGGCACUGCCGCAGUCCAGUCCGAUAAAGGCAACAUCCGCGGCUCCAGGCACCACUCGUGAUAAGAGAGCGUCGGAAAAGAGUCUGAGUCUCCCAUGCAAUGCCUUUUUACUGUAGCGUCGCACUGACAUAUCAACAGGACUUUGAGUGGAGGGGGGACAUAACAUGCCUGAAGAAGUGACACCAAAUAGAUGACGUGCGACAUGUAGGACACACAAGACGUGAACAAAGAUGGUAUCGUAAUGUAGGCCCGUGUAUGUACUGUAUGUUCAAUGUUUUGUAUAUAAGGGGGGAGGGGCUGCAUAUGUAUUAAUGCAUGUCCGACACUGUACAUGGAAAAAAAAAUGAAAAUAUUUAAAAAGGAGAUGAAAAAAAAUAUAAAGCCGAACCUCAAGGUGGUGAACACUGUGAACAACUUUUCAGCAGGCCAACUGUUAACUGUGUGUGUGUAAACAAGCAGUUUGUUCUGUUAUAAACGGGGCAUUAAUCACUCAUUUCACAUCCGCUCCUCCAGUGCCAUCCUUCAGUUAAAAGAGCAACACAUACUGUACUUCAGUGACUGAACGAGUUCACGCUCCGCGUAUAGCGAAGAUAUAACGGCAGAAGAUAAACGGGAGCCUGGACCAAGAUAUCAGAAUACGGUGGAUCAGCUGGCGGGCUUCAGAUCUGUGUAUGGGCUGAAUUUAAGUGGAAUUGAAAAGAGGGAGAUGAGAUGAACUUGCACAGGGACACUAUGCAAUGUGCUGAUAAUGCCACGUUUUCUUCUUUUUUUUCUGGUGUCCCCCAAUUACUUAAGUUUACAUUGUGCUCCAGACAAGAACAGAAGACAAAAGAAAGGGAUGCAGUAAGCCAAGCAAACACAUUUCUUUUGUUGUUGUUUUAAACGUCUCCAUCGAUCGUAGUGAAAUGUGCAAUUCUGUAUUUUAGGCUAUUAAGUGAACACACUGGUUUGUCUGGUAUGGAGGCAAAAUGCGUAAAGAACUUAUAGGAGAGUAGGCCGGAUGCUCCUUCCCUCACUCUUUUCUAUUUAUGCAGUUGUACCGUGUAUAUUGUGUAAUGUUACGUGUGAAGGAAAGUGCCAGUCUUUUUGUUUCGGGAUGAUGUGAUUAUUGUUUUUAUUUUGUUGUUGUUUACACUUAAAUGUAUAAUAAUAAUAUGCAAUCCAACAGUGCCCAGUUUCAUGAAACGGAGCACCCUUUGUCAGUGAUACGAGUAGUAGACUUUACACAGAAGACAGGAGUAGAUAGGUGGAGAGCAUCUUAGUGGUGAGGUCGUGUGUGUUCUUGUGUGUUGCAGCUCCUCGUAGUUUUUUGGGACACCGGGCCCAGGCCUGUCUUAGACUGCCACCUUGUGGACCACGUCGCACUACACCGACAGUCCCGAGGUACAGAGAAAGAUUAGGGGGUACAUGUUGCCUGGGGGGGGGGGGGGUCUUUCCAUUUCAUACAUAUAAUAAAAUAUCCGGAUGCAUAACAAUUUAAGAUCGAGAGCUUUGCAGGCUGAGCUUAACAAGUCUUUGUUUUUAUAUCCAUUACUAAGAUGUCGUGGUCGUCAGACAUUAACCCGAUGUUUGCAACUGUGUUUUUGUGGUGUGAUGUGGGAAAAUUGCACUUUAUUUUGUGUCGAAUAUUUCUUUUAAUUUACUGAUCCUAUAUAUCUAUUUGAUUAUUUUUUCUAUUCGUUUUAUUUAUGAAACUUUUUUUUAUCUAUUCAAACGUUUUUUUUACACGUCACAAUUUCUGCGUUACUACUGAAAUUACAUAUUUAUACAUUUUACAUUUAGACUGAGGAAUCUACCAAAUCUGCGUGGCUACCGCGUGCGUGCAUGUCUGAAGUUGUGAUAUUCUUGUCAAGUCCAUCUUUGUGCCCGUGUUUGAUUUCGUGUUUUUUUUGGGUUUUGUUUUACAGCAGCAACUAUCUCAGACUGUUGUUGUCCAUUACAUUGCUACAUAUUUACUUGCCACCGUUGUGAAAAACCAAUGCAAAAAGCCUAUAGUGCAGAAAUGUAAUAAAAAGCAGAGAAACCCCUC